UGACCCCGCGCGCGUACGGCGCCUGCGUGGUUCGAGCGUUCUGGUAUGAGGCCGUUCUGGAGAUCGUUGGGAUUACCAAGGAUGGUAGGGGUGUCUUCCCUGCGGGCUAUCAGCUCAUUCAGUCUACCUGCACUCCCAAAGAAGGUUAAAAUCGUGGAGGUCGGCCCUCGAGAUGGUCUGCAAAAUGAAAAGUCUAUUGUACCUGCUCAGUUGAAAAUCAGGCUGAUAGACAUGUUGUCUGAGUCAGGACUCCCUGUCAUUGAGGCCACCAGCUUCGUUUCCCCCAAGUGGGUGCCCCAGAUGGCAGACCACGCUGAAGUCCUGAAGGGCAUCAGGAAGCUUCCUGGCAUCCGCUACCCAGUGCUGACCCCCAACCUCACAGGCUUCCAGGCAGCGGUUUCUUCGGGGGCCGAGGAAGUGGCCAUCUUUGGGGCUGCUUCGGAGCUCUUCACCAAGAAGAACAUUAACUGCUCCAUCGACGAGAGCCUGGAGCGCUUUGAGAAGGUCCUGAGUGCUGCCAGAGCCGCCGACAUUCCUGUGCGAGGGUACGUGUCCUGUGUGCUUGGAUGCCCGUACGAAGGGAAAAUCUCCCCAGCCAAAGUAGCUGAGGUGGCUAAGAAGCUGUAUUCAAUGGGCUGCUAUGAGAUCUCACUGGGUGACACUAUUGGUGUGGGCACCCUGGUUGGAAUGAAGGAUAUGCUGUCUGCUGUCAUGAAAGAGGUGCCAGUGAGUGCCCUGGCCGUCCAUUGCCAUGACACCUAUGGACAAGCCCUCACCAACAUCUUAAUGGCUCUUCAGAUGGGAGUGACUGUGGUGGAUUCAUCGGUUGCUGGGCUUGGGGGCUGCCCCUAUGCUAAGGGUGCAUCAGGAAAUGUGGCAACAGAAGACCUUCUGUACAUGCUGAAUGGACUGGGAAUCGAAACAGGUAGUUUCUGUUCCUCCGAGUUCCUCUCUUCAGGACGUCUGCCGCCCAGGAAGAUCGAUCCCCAAGUCUGACAGCCACCAAGAAAAAUGGUGGGUGAGCGCCUGCUCUCAGCCCUUAGAGAGAGUCGACUCCUAAGAGGCUUAUUUCCCGGCCAACGCACCAAAUUGUGUGGGAUGCCAUUCAAAUUAAAAAACACUCUUAGAGGUUU